CAACCGCUCACUUCCACCAGCAGCGAACCAGCCAACCAGCCCAACCAAGCUCUCAAGGUGACAUGACGGAGCGGCAGGAUGCCCAUGGCGGCGUUCUCGGCACCCACCAACCACAGGUGAUGCUGCGUGUGCAGCAGCAGCAGCAGCAGCAGCAGCAAGUCAGAUCACGCGCGGGAGUCACAGCGGCACCGCCGGCGCUUCCAGAGCGCGGUGUCGAGGAGGGCACUGGCACUGACAUGCAGAGUUGGCGCGCAAUGAACGGCACCGACAGCGCCGCACCACCGCACGUCCCUCAGCACGCGUCCUCCAGCAACAACAACGACAACAGCAGAACCGGCCGUCUCAGGCGCACGGAGGCUGAUGUGCGCUUCGCAGCGUCGCGUGCCUGCAAGCAUUUUGGAAGUGGCCGGCAGCACGUUUCCACCGAAGACAUGGAAUCGUGGCUGCCAAAAAGGGCGCGAACCACAAUGCGACUGCCAGACCAGUCGACGUCGGCGGCAUCGUCGUCGCCGCACGAAUCGCAGGGUUUGCAAGACCAUCCGCCGUCGCAGCCGCCGCAGCCGCCGCUGUCAUGGUCGUCAUCAUCAAACGGGCCAAGCCCUUCAGGUCAAUCGAAGCAGCGCCACCACAGACAUUCGGGGCGGCAUGCCUCUCACAGCAGCGGCAGCCGCUCCAGCCAACGCCAGCGCCAGGGCCAUCGCCAUCGCCACAAAUCGGCUGACACCGACGCUGGAAACGACGUCAACUUGUCUGCGAACCACGACAAGCACUACAAGCACGACCGCCACCGCAGCAGCCACCGUCGUCACAACCAUCGCAGCAGCAAUAGCAGCGAUGGCCGUAGGCGCCACCGCAGACAGCACGGCGACACCAACGACGAGCGUGCAAACCAUAAACAUCACAGCCACAGAAGCCACAGGAGUCGCAGCCGCAGCCGCAACUCUCGUGCUCCUGAUCGUGACGGCAGCAGCAGCCCAGACAGGUCAGCAGGAAGCCCCCAUGCGCUCACCGACCACAACCGCGGUGCGCACAAGGACCGGUCAGGGCGUUAUGGUCGAAGCAGUCGUCGUCCCAUGUCGUCCGUGUCAAUGUCCGUGUCGCCAGACUCAGAACCAGAGCACGAGCAGCCCGAGCGGUACACCAGCCACCCACCGCCUUUUCUGCCGCACCAUCCACCCGGGGACACGCAGGCGCACACACCAGCACUGGUCCCCCAGCCGCCCUUUGCAUCAAGCGCCACAAGUGCCACAGGCAUGCCGGCGAUGUCGAUGCACUUGCCACCAACGCCCUCGCCAGCACGAGCGCUGCCGUUGCAGGCGCCCUUUCUGAUGCCCGCGUGCUUCCCACGCCCACCGUUUGGGCCGCGCUUUCGUCCGAACGUGUUUUCCACGGCUGGGCCUCGCAUGGGCAUGAUGCCGUGGAAUUCAGCACCUUACACCUUCCACGGCUCACCCCCUACACCCGCAACGACGCCCACACCAAACAUUCAUCACAUGUUCAACGACCAAGCAGCAACAACAGCAGAUACAGCCAUCGACCCCAACAGCACGAAGCGCCGUAAGGAGCAGCGGUGGCCAGGGCCAGGGGAGCACGUUUGUGUGCUGUGCGGGCGGCUUGGUGCAUAUGUCUGCCGGGAGACCGGCAACCGUGUGUGCAGCCAGGAAUGCAAAAGGAAACAACUGCCGUUGACAGCCAGCGCCACAGGAACACCACUCCACCCACAACAGCUCUCCUCUCCACCGCCUCCACCGCCGCGGCCACCACCACCGUCGGGAACACCACCACCGUCGGGAUCACCACGCCACGACAGGCCGCACCACAGCCAUCAUGAUCAGCGAACCGACAAGCAGCAUGCACGGAGCCGCAGGCCUAACGGGAGGGGCGUUGGAGCAGACGGGGACAGCGUAGAGGUGACGAAUAUGAAGCAAUCACGACCGUCGCGAGCUGGAGACGAUAAUGAACACCGCAAGCAGGAAUGCAAGGAUGGUGGUGGCGGUGGCGGUGGCAGUAGCCGUGGCGAUAGCAGGGGUGUGACGUACGUGAGUGGAGCAAAACACAAGAGAGGGAGCCGCGAUGAAGAGAGGGUGAAGGAGGUGCAACAGCAACAGCAGCAUGCAAGGGAUGGGCCGAAGACCCCGCCUCAAGAGCACACCGCACAAAAGAAAGCACGCAGAGCAGUGCAGGGUGAAUCAUCCCAGGAACCCACACCAGCGCCGGCCGAGGCGAGUGGAGAAGAGCGCAUACAGCAGCGAGCACGGCGACCAUCCAAAUUGCAGCUGCCGACGGUUGCUGUUGUCCCGCCCCGCUCGUGUUCUCUUGCGCACACCAUGACCUGUGCAGGUGCUGACGGCGACGACGAUACACACAUUGCGUCGGCCAUUCGCAUCGUGUGUAUGGAGUAUCUGUUUGCCGCCUGCAUGCACGGACCAGAAAUCAGCCUGUGGGCCCUCUUUCGCGCUCGGCCGGGCUGCCGUGCGCGUGCCCAUGUGCCGGGUGCACAUCACCUCUUCGUUGGCUGCGUGUCUCCACUCGUCGGUGUUGUGUUCCAGCGCAAUGACGAUUGCGUCGGCAUUUGUCUCUAUUCCGCUGAGCCAUCGGAGCUGCACCCCUUUGCCACCCUCACCCUCGACCCCUGUACUCUUGCUUCACCCUGGCCAGCGUGGGCCCCACAGCGCCAGCACCACACACGUGACGGCGGACAGAGCUCGUGGACGAGCACUCGCAUCGACGCCGCCAACUUUGCCCGCGGUGAUGCGCUUUGCAUUGGACUGGUGGGCUCGUCGUACUGCUGCGUAUGGGAUGUUGACUCCACCCACCUCAUGCGGGUCGUGCGGCUGCCGUGGUCGUCUCUGCCGCCUACCGUCGCUACCAACGACUCCGAAUUGCUCUUUGCAGCCAAACGAUCGUCACACGUCGCCGUUAUGCCCCUUGCAACGAUGACGCCAUCCGUCAUCAGCACGGGAAGCGCAACGCACGUCCGCAUCGCCACCGCCCACCCAACAAACCCAGACCUGUUCCUCACCUUUUUUACUGACGGUGGCGGCGCCGUGCUGUUGGACACAUCCACGUCAUCGGUGAUGCGCGUGCGUGCGCACGGGCUGCGCGUGUGUCCCGUGGCGGUGGCGUGGGCCGGCAGUGGCGAUUGGCUCGCCCUUGCUGUGAAGCACCGCUCUGCUGCUGCUGCUGUGGAUGGCACAAGCAGACAGGAGGUGCACAUUCAAUUGUGGUCCCUCAGCCCGGCCGACGAGGCGACGCCGCCAACACUCACACUCGAGACUUCGGCUGCAUCCGGCGUGCGUGUGGAUGAGGCGACAGCGGUGUCGCUGGACUUGACGUACGACGGACGCCUGGCCGUCAUGAUGGCUGGCGGAACUGUUGCACUGUUCGUCAUGAACGCUGGGCCCACUGCACCCAUCACUGCUGCGCGGAAGACGCCACCGUCAAGCCCUUCCAUGAAGCAGCCACCGCUUCUUAGCUCCCCAGACCUCGAACGCGUUCUCUGA